GGCCCCUGCUAAAUCAGGUUUACAUACAUGGUCAUCAUGGUCGUGCCUGCAUGCUGCUCCAGAAACAUAAAAGCUUGAUCUUCCAACCUCUCCAGCCACCCAUCUGCAUCUCCUCCUCACCUACUACAAAUCCCCCACUUGUCUCUCCGCCCAUCCAUCCUCUUAACCUAGCUCCAGCAUCCUACCUUGCUACCUUGCUUUACAUACCACAAUGAAGUCCUUCGCCAUCCUUGCCCUCGGUGCCUCCGUGGCCCUGGCCCAGAGCCUCAACGACCUGCCCCAGUGCGGUAAAACAUGCAUCAACAACAUGCUUAACAUCGCCCAGACCGAGUUUGGAUGCAGUUCGGGUGACGCUAACUGCUACUGCGGCAAUGCCGACUUCGGCUACGGAGUCCGUGACUGCGCCAGGCAAGCCUGCUCUAGUGAUGAUGACGCCCAGAAUGUCAUCAACUACGGCGUCCAGUACUGCCGUGGUGAGUUGCACCAACACGCUCUGUUUGCUAAAUUCUCGCUGACCGUUUCGUUUUGCAGAGGUUGUUGCCAGCGCUAGCUCCAGCGCCACCAGUGCCAGUGCCAGCCCCAGUACUUCUGCCUCGGCCCUGAGCGUUCUGUCUUCUGCUUCGGCCUCGGCCACCGCCUCUU